AUGCUUUCAAACGUGUAUGGUUUAGUGGUGUGCCUAAACGUUGUGCUCUUAUCGACGGUACAGUCUGCGAGUAAUGAUACAAACUCCAGUACGAUAGAUCAGUCUACCGUCAGUAACCCUUCUGGGUAUGGGUUUGAGAUGAUCAUGGCUAAACUGGACUACCUGCAGUACAAGCUGCUCGAGAUGGACUUUGUGAUGAAGGAGCAUAGUGAAGGAAUCGAACAGAAUCAGGCCCACCUGGAGAAAGUGUUUGGCAGCAUGCUGUGGGCGAUCAGUCGGUUAGAUCAAGCGAUCGGCAACAAUCUGACCGCACUGCAGGCACAAUCAUGGAAGAUUCUUUCCCGACAGACCAUCUGCGCUAAUCAUGAGCUGAUGCGAAACGAAAUCUUUAGCCUCCAGCCAAAGCAAGGCCUGUCCGCUAGUGCACGCACGCUGUUCGAUCUGCAAGGAAUGCGUCACAAGGGUCCCUUCGAAUCGUGCCAAGACGAACCUUCGAAGAUGUCUGGCAAAUAUCUAAUCCGUGCCACAAACGACGUGGAACCAUUCCCGGCGUACUGCGAGCAGACAAAGUUCGGCGGUGGUUGGUUGGUGAUACAGCACCGUUUCAAGGGAUCGCUUGAUUUCUUCCGCAACUGGACCGAGUACAGGGAUGGCUUCGGAAGCAUCGAUCAGGAGUUUUGGAUCGGGCUGGAACGGUUGCAUCAGCUGACGACAUCCAAACCGUACCAGCUGAUGAUCGAGGUGGAAGACUUUGCCGGCGACUAUCGGUACGCGCGCUAUAAGGAGUUCGAAAUCGGCAGUGAGGCGGAGAUGUACAGCUUGAAGAAGCUGGGCGUGUACAGCGGGACGGGUGGUGAUUCGUUGACGUAUCACAAGGGCCAAAAGUUCACGACCAUGGAUCGCGAUAACGAUGGUGCUCCGACGAACUGUGCUGUGACGUGUGAGGGUGCUUGGUGGUACAACAAUUGUCACCAUUCGAAUCUGAACGGACGUUUCAUGAAUGCGGUAGAUGUGAAGUCGAUCUCGUGGUAUCAUUUUAAAAGCUCUCACCAAGGUAUGGCCUACACGAGGAUGAUGAUACGUGAGUUGUAGAUCCACCGGGCCGA